GUUAGAGCAAACACCCUGUAUAUGUGUGUGUGUGUGUUUAUAAGUUGACCGUGCACUCCCAGUCGAGACUAGUCAUCCCCCCCGGUAGUGACAUGAUCUUGUGUCGGCGCUGACAGUGUCAGCGAGACAUCAGCGCCCCCAUGCAGCCGCUACCCUAGCCAACUUCCGGUUGUCCCUUCUGUUUGCAAGCAGUGAAAGAGAGCGCUGCCAGUCCUAGUACGCGGACCGCGCGUAGGAGUUGCUGGUUAUCACCUGGCUAGUAUCAUCUAGUAGGUCAUAAUAACAAUAAUAAUUUAUUUUGUCACAAAGAUGACCGGGGACAGCGACAAAAAAGUCACGCUGUGACUUGACGAGGGCACUGUCCCCGUACGGCAGCAUCACGUAGUAGUUUAUUUUUUACAGAAAAACGAGGUACUAGGGCAUUGCACCUUACAGGAAACAAAAACAACGCGAUACACUUUCCGACACACUUCUUAACUUGUACAACAUUCCCUAACACAUUUUCUUGUGGCUCCUAGUAAGUUAAAGUAAGUCAUGGUUUCACCCGCAGGACGUUGUCUCAGAUUCUUGUAUCUUUGAGACAGUCUGCAAAAUUUCAUUCAGCGCGGGAGUAAUGAAGUAAAAUCAUCAUCAGUGUGACCCGCGGUGUCACAAGGGCGGAUGCCCUGAAUACGCAAUAAAUUUUAGUUAUAAGCAGUUAACUGCACAAAAUAAAACCAGCAUAAGGCAGUCUGAUCCACCGCUGCAGUAUUCAUCUGAGAGCAGUUUUCUAAUGUGCCUUCUGGUGGCAGACGAAGAAGAAGAGAAGAAGAAAAACAUCGAUAAUUCCAUUGAUGGUAAGCGUAUUUCUCUUCGGCACACUCUAUGCGUACUGUACGAAAAGUGAUAGUCAUGGUGACGUUAUGGAAGCCCCGCCCGGAUGGUACUAUAUAGGCGGAUAUUUUCGUUUCACACGUAGGACAGAAUGGGCCAAAAGCUGGAAAAAACGGGAAACCCGCAUUACAUGGAAGUGGACGGGCUCUUCCUCCCUAUCUCUUUCUCGCGGGAGAACUUUAUUUACGCCACCAAGCACAGACCCGAGGACGGCGACAUAAUCCUAGCAGGGUACCCAAACAGCGGCCUCAAAACUAUCGCCAUCAUGCUCCACCUCCUGACUCGAAAGAAAGCAGACACCAUAUCCAGCGAGAUCCCCCUACUUGAGUGGUGUGGCAAAGACAUCGAGAAACUUGCUCGACCACGAAUUAUCCGAACGCAUCUCCCCUACUAUAGACUUAGCAUCAACCCUCUUGCCAAGUACAUCUACACUGUCCGGAACCCGAAGGAUUGCUGCGCUUACAGCUUCGACGACGCCGUCACGUAUCCCGAGGAUUACGGCUACCUUGAGGGUCGCUUCGACGAGUUUCUCGACAUCUUUCUCAAUGGCAAAGUUCACGGUAACGAUUACUUCAAGCACGUCAUGUCUUGGUGGCCUCGUAGGAACGAUUCCCACGUCCUCCUCCUGGUCCUGGAAGAUCUACGUAUGGAGUCGAGAUUCUAUCUCGAGAGAAUCCUGGGAUUCUUGGGUAGGGACGACAUGGUGGCUAAUGCGAAAAAUAUAGGCCUACUUCAAGAGGUCCUGGAGAACAUUGGCACCGGUCCGGCGCAUUCCAGGAUAAUGGACAUCAAGAUGUGCACGCAAGAUGGGCCAAUUACGAGGGUUUCAACGGCGGGCUACUGGAAGAACUAUUUUACUUGCGGCCAAUCGAAAAGGAUGGACUCCGUUUUUGUAGAGAGGACUAAAGGUUUAGAGAUGAGGCACUUGUGGAACGACUACGAUGUGUUCGCAAUCUGAAUCGCUUUUUUAUUUUAUUUUCGGCCAGUAAAAUAAUAUGUAAUAGUGCUCCAGAGAGCAAAACGAUGCGAUAAAUUUUCUAUAAGCCCAAUUCGCUUGUCACUUUCUCAGGCUUCUGAGUGGAAGUGCAGCACACUGAAUUGCACAGAGAUAGCGCAGGCGCUCUAAACGUACAGAUGGCUUGAAGAUUGGGCCGACGAACAAUUAAAACACAAGGGUGUUUUAUGCACGCUCCUAUAUUAUCCCAAGGCUCCACACGGUCUGUGGGACGCAAACGCGGUAGCCGAGCUACCGCGUUGAGCAAGACAUGCUGACAGCCGCCGGGCAAGCGACAGCAUCACGUGAGCGCAAGAUCAGUACGAUUCAGCAAAUUAGCACGACCAGACGAGCCCCGCGGUUUUAAUUAUUUCCUGGACCAACAGAUGGCGCCGCUCCUGAUACGUUGUCAGAGAGCGAAGUUUCGCUUUGCCUCGUGGCGUUCUUUCUCCGUGCUAUCAGCGCUCCGUUGAUAAGCGAUUUCUGUCACGCUAGUUAUCGUGGGUGGGUAGCUCAGUUGGUACAGCGUUUGGCUUCUGUACAGAAAGACCCUGGUUCGAAACGGGAUCUCUCUGUGUAAGGUUCGGGGGUAGAUACUGGGUAAACGUAUGAGGGUUAGCUGUAUGAGGGGGUUUGUAAGGGGUGACAGGAAGUAGCCUAGGUGUGGGUGGGUAAGAUAGGAGGAGGUCUGGCGGGAGUGCGCCCGAGGAUGCCCCGUGGGGUGUAAAGUAAGACCCCACGGGGCCGCCGAUGACGUCGUCCCCCCCCGGUUAGUUGCCUCAUCCGGGAACUGGCCGCGGCGUAAUUUCCAGAAUUCUCACCACGGUUAUGCAACAUGUAUAGUCUGUCUGUUUUGUUGAAAGUUUAUCG